AUGCGCUGUACCGCAUAUGACCGUUUCCCCUCCUCCCGAGUCUGUUCCGCGGAGCCGCUGAAUUGCGCGCGGGAGAAGGUGGGGGAAAGAGAGGCGGCUGGUGUGGAUGCGGACGAUGGGGGGGAGCGGGGGUGCACUGUGAGGGAAGCUUUCCGGGAGGGGGCGGAAGGGUUUGGGGGAGCGGGGGGAAGAGCUAAUGGCGGAGAUGUGGGGAGCGGAGGGGAGGGCGCAAGGGGAGUCGGGGAAGAGAGGGAACGAGCGAGGGAAGGGGCAGCAGACGGGGCGGAGCAAGAAAAGUGUGCGGGAGAGGAGGAGAAAAGGGAACCAGAAAGAGAAAGAGAAAGAUCAGGAGGAGCAGGAGCAGAAGCAGAAGGGGAGGGAGGGGAAAGUGGGGAGGGAAGGGCAGGGGACGGAGGAGGAGGAGAGGGGGAAGCGGGGGAAGGGGACGAAGCGGGAGGAGAGGGCGAGAGCGUGGCGGAGCGGAUAGCGCGGCACGUGGAGGUGGUGAGGGCGGUGGAGAGGGCGCGCAUGGUGGCGCUGCUGCGAGCGUUCCUGCAAGCACGGCACAUCAAGACAGACAGUGUGCCGUGCCUCGUGGACGAGGGCCUGUAUCUGGGGUCGAUCGGCGCGGCUCACAACAGGGAGCUGCUGAAGCGCAGCAACGUUACGCACGUGCUCACAGUCGCCAACUCCAUCCUGCCCGCACACCCCAACGACUUCCAUUACACACUCAUUAAUGUGCUCGACUCACCCAAAGUGGACCUGAUAUCGCGUUUCCAGGAGUGCUUCACCGUCAUUGAUGCAGCCAAAGCCGCAGGAGGCUGUGCGCUCGUGCACUGCUUCGCCGGGCGCUCCCGCAGCGUGACGGUGGUUGUGGCCUACCUCAUGGCCCGCCGCGGCAUGACUGUGGAUGAGGCGCUGACGCUCGUGAGAGGGCUGCGGCCCGAAGCGAACCCGAAUGCGGGGUUUGUGCAGCAGCUGCAGGAGUGGGAGGGGCAAUUGCGGGAGCAAGGGGUGCUGCCGCCACUGCCGCCACUGCCGCCGGCGCCACCAGUGUUGCCAGGGGAGGGAGUAGCUGAGAUGGGAGGUGUGGAAGGGGAGGAGGUGGGGAGGGAGGUGGGAGAGGAGGCGGUGGAAGAUGUGGGGGAGGAGGUGGUAGGAGAGGGAAUGAUGGUGAAAAGAGGGGAGGUAUUGGGUGAGGGUGGAGGGGUUGAGGGGGAAGCAGAAGAGGGACGAGGGAAGGAAUGA